AUCUUUACGGACUCAUCAUGUGUUGUGGACCCCUCGGAUUCUGUGGACCUUGCAGUCCGUGCGGCGGUCCUUGCGGCCCCUGCGGACCCUGUGGCCCUUGCGGGUCCUGCUGUAGCCCCUGUGGAUCCUGUUGUGGGCCCUGCGGACCUUGUUGCGGACCCUGCGGAGGAUGUGGGCCUUGUGGACCUUGCUGUGGGCCUUGUGGACCUUGCUGUAGUCCCUGUGGUCCUUUCUGCGGGUGCUAAGCAACAAAAUGAUCGAACACCUACUUCCUGGGAACCACAGAAAGUGACUUGAGACCACACGCAGAGCAAACUCCUUCCUAAGCGUGGACCAAUAAAAUAAAUUAAAAUACAAAAA